AUGGGGCUCGAAGCUGUCGCAAAUCGACUGGGGAACACCGCACUGGAAGCAGCAGCUGAAAUUCUCCUAGAUUGCUUGCUCCCGGACCAUCUUCGCAACGUCCUUUACUCCAUCGCGCACCUUAUCCGCCUGCAGUCGAUUGCAGUAGGCAAGCUGGUGCUGGCCUGCAUCCGCAUGUUCCUUCGCCCGGCACUACUGGCAGCACGCCUUCUAAGACUCGAGCAUCUCCUCCAGCCUCUGCACCUCCUGCUGCUCGCGCGACGCCAGCUCCCUCUCCUGCUGGCUCAAGUUCCUGCGCGCCUGCAGCUGGGCGUUGAACUCGGCCCUCUCUGUCUCGUCCUCGUCGCCCACGGCUGCUUCUACCUCUGCUCCAGCGCUGUGCACCCGCAACUGGCACCGGCCGCACGGCUCUUCUCCUGGCUCGCAGCCCUCUCUGGUGUGGUUUCCGUCCAUCUCGCGGUCUAUGAUGACUCUCAUGCAGCCGUCACCCUCAACGAGCUCGCGCACACCCUCCUCUGUGUCUUUGGCCUAGCCGCCAGCGUAUCGCUUGCCUUGCGGGCUGUACGUGGCGCCUCUGAUAAAAAUGACCUCGCUGGGAAGCCCGCCGCGGCCUGCACGUCCUCCCAUCUGCACCAUGUCGCGCAUUUUCUGCGUGUUCCUCGACCCAGCGAACAAGACUGCCCUGACGGUCUCUCUGUCGAUCCCUAG